AUGCCCCGGCUACCUUUCAUCGGCUCAUACGACCUCUCUCUGUUCUACAACCCUCACGAAGACACAUCAACACUCCCAGCCCCAUCCCCCGACAUCAAUCAAGACCUUAUCUCAUCCUGGCCGACACUUGGGCCUGCCGAUGGCGCUGGGGCAUCAACUGGUACGGAGGGGAAUGGGACAUCGAAGAGGAGGUCUUCCUCGCCAAAGUCGUUCUUGAGGAGACGUGUGGACCUGUUCCCUCCUGAUGGGGUGAAUGAUACUACGACCCGAAGAAAUGCCUCACCAAUCUCUCAACUGCCUUCCAUCCCUUUCUCUUUCAUUCCGGACGUUGCGGAACAACCCGAAAAAAUGUACACGGAUGCUAGGGGAGAGAGUUCGAAAAGUGGUUCUUUGAAGAAAACGCACCAGGAUAAUCACGGUGCAUCAACCAGCUUGGAUAGUCAGCCGGUUUCGGUCAACUUGCCAUCACACAUACUAUCAACUCGGAAACAGACGACUGUCCAACCACUCCCCUCGCCUUCCGCCGCCGCCAACGACGGGGAUACUUUGCCUGAUCACCCGUCUUUGGAGCCGCUUUCGAUCGCCGAGACAGGUCAGACACAAGCACGAGGAGCUGGAGAGGAGGAGGCUGAAAGCAUUAUGGGUCUUGAGAAAGGGGAGCUGGGGGUCGUAAAGGAGCCGGGUUGCGACACUACGGAGGACGAAUAUCCGCCAGAAAGCAGCUCUCGGCCUGCCAUUGCUGCUCGAUCGAAAGCCUCAAACACUAGGACUAUCAACCUCGCUGGAGGCCACGAUACUCGACCAGAAACAAUCAUCACGUCCUCCGCCGACGUUGAUCCUAUGGCUGCUACAACUGUGACCGAAAAGCCAGACGGCAAAUCCUCCGAUCUCACCCCAGCCCAACCCAAGCUAUCACUAAACCAAAAGAAACGGCAAAAGAAGAAGACUGCCGAAGCACGCAAAAAGGCCGGUAUGGAGCGCAACGAGACUGGUUUCUGGUGGCGAUACGGCUCUUCAUCCGGCAGCUCCGAGACCACCCUUCUCUCUCGGCGUGCCAUCUCAAGGGGACACGUCUUCCUAUGGGAUCACCCCAUCACUUUUCUCGGACCAGACUUUAACGUUAAUGCUGCGAAUGCAAUGUACGACUCGAUCGCGGACAAGCCUGAGCAAAAAGCGCGGGUGGAUGGUUUGCGCAGGUCGGAAGGAAGGGAAAGGGAGGGUGAUUCGGUGUAUGGGAAGCUGAUGGAUAAUAGUUUCGCACUGCAGUAUCCUGCUGGGUGGAGGGUGGUGCUGGAACAUAUACCUUUCCUGAAAGUGUCUUGUGAUCCUAACACGAAUUAUGUGUGGGAUGCCCAACGCAGACGAGGUCAGCUGGUCUCCUUGAAAGAUAUACCCGACAACACCCCUCUCAUGGUCCGCGCCCAAGAAGGGUUCAAGACUUCUCACCACCGUCAAAAGAGGUAUACCGAGAUGAGAAUGACCUGUCAUUGCGCCUUUUGCCAGCGCACCCCCGAACAGCACAAGCACUCUGACCAAAACCGAUACAACAUGGCCCUCCUCAACCACGCAAUGCAAACCGCCCUAAGCUCCCCCGACUCCUCCCCCGACUCCUCCCUUCCAGCCCUUCUGGACAACAUCGAACAAACCCUCCUCCUCAUGUCCACCGAAGGUUUCGUCGAAAUGUACCACGACGCCUUCCAAUACGGCUUGGCAGUGUGUGCCGCGUGUGGGGAUGAAGAGAGUGCGAAAGAGUGGGCCAAAGGGGUGAGGGAUACGGCGUGUUUGGGACAGAGCCAGGUUGCUGGGGGGUGGGGGGAGGCGGAGAGGAUGGUGGAGGAUCCGAAGAGGCAUGAGCAGUGGGGGCAGAGGGGGGUGGAGGAGAAGGGGUGGGGGCCGAGAAGGGAAGUGAUUCUUAAAACGAUUGGCGAGUUUGAUUUCCACGAAUGGAAAAAGGAGAUGAAAGAGAAGCAUCUGGGAGAGUAUGCGUAUCCUCCUGAUCUCGAAGAUGAGAAGGCAGAGUAG